GAGUUGUUUGGUAUACACCAAGUGGUUUAACACGCUCUGCUAAGCUAGCUACAGUAUGAUUUGCGGUUGCUUCACCCGAAGCUUUUCUUGUAGUAUCUUUUGUUCAAGUUAGUUGCCCAAGAAAAGCGAGAAAUGGCCAACGGACAAGUUAUUUCUGAGGAGAGUUCUUUCAAAAAUGCGGAUGGACAGAAAAUUUUCGCAAAAUAUUGGAAAACAAGUGAGAAGAAACCAAGGGCACUGAUUUUCAUCUGUCAUGGUGUUGGAGAGCACUGCUCGCGUUAUGAAAGACUGGGAAAAGCUUUGGCAGAGCGAGGCUAUGUGGCUUUCACUCACGAUCAUGUUGGUCAUGGCCAUAGUGAUGGAGAAAGAGUCCAAAUCUCUAAUUUUAACUGCUAUAUCAGAGAUGUCUUUCAACACAUUGAUCAAGUUACAGCAACCCACUCUGGAAUACCUGUGUUUAUUUUUGGACACUCUAUGGGAGGAACAAUAGCCAUUCAGUCUGUUUUAGACAGACCUGAUUUCUUUACAGGUGCAAUUUUCAGUGCACCAAGUGUAAAGGCAGAUCCAGCUGUGGCAACUGCUUGUUUGGUUUUCUUGGGGAAAAUAGCGGCUUGGAUUUUACCAGCCUUUCAGGUUAUGCCACCAAUUGAUCCCUCAGUAUUAAGUCGUGAUCCUAAAGAGGCUAAAAAAUAUGCAGAUGACCCACUUAACUGGCAUGGUGGAUUAAAAGCGAGAUGGACCAAUGCCAUUCUAAAUACCAUGGAAGACAUUCAGAAAAAUAUAUCUGCCCUUAAGACGCCAUUUUUUGUUGCCCAUGGUGAUGACGAUCAACUUGUAAAGAUUGACAGCUCAAUCUUCCUAAACGAGAAUUCUCCAAGUAAAGACAAGACAUUCAAGGUAUACAAAGAUUGCCGUCAUGAGAUUUUGAAUGAGCUGGAAGAAAGUGCAGCCAUGUUCCUGAAAGACAUUCUAGAGUGGAUUGAACAAAGAUUACCUGUAGUUUUGCAGAUUUAAUGUUUCAAUUUGAUAUCAUAUCAAUAAACACCAAGCAAUAUUUUUAAUAAUUCAGUUGAUGAGGCUUAAUUUACAAACUCUGUGUUUUUUAAAGUUUACCAAUUCAAUGAGGUAUAAAAUUUGUAAUUGCAAUAUUAUUAUUUUAACGACUAAUUUAGUAGCUAAACUUAAAGUUAACUACAUUUCAAUUGAAGAAUAAAUCCUGAAUUAUGGUAAUUAAGCACAGCUAUUAAAUAACAUCUGCACAUUACAUAUUAUUAAAUGUUCACUCCUUGUAUAUUACUUAUGGUCAAAGUCUGUGAGUGGCUUGAAGGGAAAACACUCUUCAGUGAAGUUGUUUCAGUUACAGACCUUAAUGAAGUUUUCAAGACAAAAAUACAGUCACAUUUACAACAGUUCUUUGCUUAACUGGGAAGGAACAAUUAUGCACAGUCCUGGUGUAACUAGUUGUUCUUAGGUGUGCAGGGUUUUCUUACUUAUGGGUUUAGAAACUGUACUUCAAGUCCUGUACUUAGAUACAAAUGAAAAGGAAAAUUUGUUCAUGAAUCUAAUCCAUAACUGCAAUGGAUGGUGAAAAAACGUCUUUUAUUUACCUCAAGUGUUACUUUCCUCCCCAUUUCUCUCUUAAAAUGGUAAAUUAACACCUCAGUUUACAGUGUAAUAUAGUGUUAGUAACUUAAAUAGCCUGGUUAAUGUACCAUGCUGGCUUAAAGUCAAUCAAAACACUUAAGAGCUGAAUAAAAUAUUGUGAGUCAGCCUC